UGUUCACUGACUUGACGAAAAAAGUCAGACUCGCUCGGGGAAUGUACCUUGUUGGCCGUGCUGCGAAGUUUUCUGCAACAAUAUUAAAUUAACGCUAACUGAGAGAUGGAGACAACGGUGUACACUUCUGUUGUGAAGUGAAAGGAGACCAGGUGGACAUUUAACGGUUGGUGUCCUACAUCUGAACAUCUACAUCUCAUCACUGUGAUUUAAACCAGUGACAGACCACACUACAGACUUCCAGACCUCCUGUACCAGCUUCCAGCCACUAUGACCUAGCUAACAGCGGCCCAGGCCCCUCCCCUGACCAUCCUUUCCUCUAAACCCCAGUCUGUCUCUCCAUCUUCCUCCCUCACCCAGUCCUGCAUUUCCUCUCCUGAUGUGGUGAUUUCUGGUUGCACCACCAGCGACGCACCUUCUAGCGCGAUGAGCAGCCUGCACCAGCAGCAUCAUGGCAGCACAGGCUCAGAACGAGACCUUCACUCUGCUGCCUCCUCUGUUAGCCUCCCUUCAGUUAGAAAGACCCCCAAAAAACGCCGCCUGUCCCUCCACUCAUUCUUCAGUCGGCGACGCCGGCCUGACCGCGACCCCAAGCGCAAGUCCAGGCCUCUGCAGGCUGGAGCUGGAGUGGAAGGCAUUGUCAGCACAGAAAGCGUCCAGUCAGAGCCUGUCCAUGAUAAAACUUCUGCACUGGCCGUAGCAUCGACCUCAUCGGUGUCAGAUUCUUCAUCAGAGCUGCUGGAGUGCCCACUGUGCCUACUGCGCCAUGCACGCGAGCGCUUCCCAGACAUCAUGACCUGUCCCCACCGGUCCUGUGCAGACUGCCUGCGACAGUACCUGCGCAUCGAGAUCUCAGAGUCUCGUGUCAAUAUCUGCUGCCCCGAGUGCUCAGAGCGCUUCAAUCCCCACGACAUCCAGAUGAUCCUGGGGAACCGAGCCCUCAUGGAGAAGUACGAGGAGUUCAUGCUCAGGAGGUGGCUGGUGGCCGAACCUGACUGCCGCUGGUGCCCGGCCCCCGACUGUGGUUACGCAGUCAUUGCCUUUGGCUGUGCCAGUUGCCCGAAGAUCACCUGUGGGCGUGAGGGCUGUGGGACAGAGUUCUGCUAUCACUGCAAACAGCUGUGGCAUCCCAACCAGACAUGUGACUCUGCACGGCAACAAAGGGCCCAAACCCUCCGGUUGAGAAGUUUCAGGUCCUCCUCACUCAGCUACAGCCAAGAGAGUGGAGCUGCAGGUGAUGACAUCAAGCCCUGCCCUCGGUGUGCUGCCUACAUCAUCAAGAUGAAUGAUGGGAGCUGUAAUCACAUGACCUGUGCUGUCUGCGGCUGCGAGUUUUGCUGGCUGUGCAUGAAGGAGAUCUCUGACCUGCACUAUUUAAGUCCGUCAGGCUGCACCUUCUGGGGGAAGAAGCCCUGGAGCAGAAAGAAGAAGAUCCUGUGGCAGCUCGGCACGUUGGUGGGCGCGCCCGUGGGCAUCGCCCUCAUAGCCGGCAUUGCCAUCCCUGCAAUGAUCAUUGGCAUCCCAGUCUAUGUGGGCAGAAAGAUCCAUAAUCGCUACGAGGGCAAGGACAUCUCUAAACACAAGAGGAACUUGGUAAUAGCUGGUGGUGUGACGCUGUCUGUGAUUGUGUCCCCUGUAGUCGCAGCAGUCACUGUUGGCAUUGGCGUCCCCAUCAUGCUGGCGUACGUCUACGGAGUUGUCCCAAUCUCACUGUGCCGGAGUGGCGGCUGUGGAGUGUCUACUGGCAAUGGCAAAGGGGUGCGAAUCGAGUUUGACGACGAAAAUGACAACAUAGGUAGCGGAGCAGCAGCCACAGACACAACCUCUGUGGCAGAGACUCGGCUCAACAAUCCCAGCCUCGGAGAUGGAGCGAGUGUCGGUGGCUUGACGGGCCUGAGCCUCAGUGUCAGUGGGAGCCACAUGGAGCGCUGCGGCAUGAGCUCCACUCAGCGGGACAACAUGAGCGACAAUGCCAGCACCCCGGCCCUCGCUGGGACCAGCAUCACAGGCAGCCUCUCUGGCAGCUGCUACAACAGGAUGGAAGUGCAGGCUGAUGUCCAGAAGGAGCGCUGCAGUCUGAGCGGGGAGUCAGCCACUGUCAGUCUCGGGACAAUCAGUGACAACGCAAGCACAAAAGCCAUGGCAGGUUCCAUCCUCAAUGCCUAUAUGCCUCUGGAAAGAGACAAUAGUCUGGACGUCCAGGCAGACUUGGAGUCCAAACAGGAAAAGAUGAGGCACUGCAGCGCCAGCAGCAGCCUGGAUGAAGCCAGCUGUAGCAGUAGCACUGCCGGCCUUAAAGGUGCUAGUGGUGGUACAUGCUCAUGCCCGUCCACCUGCUGCUGUGCGGAGCACGACAACCACUGCUGUCCCUCGACCCCCUGGUCAAAGGAACCCUCCACUUCAGGGGGCAAGAAGAGCAGAGGAAAGCUUUGGAAAAGAGCUAGCAGCAGCAAAGGAGACACAAAAAUAAACGAGACACAAGGAGAUAUAGAUGCUCAGCUCCUGGAGCAGCGCAGCACCAACUCCUCUGAGUUCGAUUCACCAUCUCUGAGCGGCAGCCUGCCCUCAGUGGCCGACUCACACUGUAGCCACUUCUCAUCAGAGCUCAGCUGCUCCGACCCUGAAACCUCAAGACCGGCUCAUCCACCCUGCUCCGGUCCAACAGACCCCCACCCUCAUCAUCCCUCCACCAACUUCAAUGACGUCACCAUCACACCCAUGCCUGAGGUGGAGAACGACCGCCUGGAGCAUUAUCCGCCUCUGAGUAGCCAUGCAGCCUUCACCCACCACCUGCUAUCAUCAUCUCCAGCUGCUUCACCAAAAGAGGGAAGUAGCGGAGCAUUUCUAUACAUCAGUGAGGAGAGGGGAGGCGCCAUCACAGACACAGAGCCAGAUAAGGACGACGAAAUAAAAGAGACCAGCAAAAACACUGCCGCACAGCCUGUAAGCCCAACAAGGAGCCGCUGUAUACAAACCGAUAUUUAAAGGAACUCUCUUGUUCUUCUACCACUACUAGCUCAGUUAGCCUUAUCACCUAAGUUCACUCUUAAGUGACCCCCCCAGCAUCUUGGGAAACUGGUGGUCAGGUUUAAGGCUAUAAGUUCAAGUCUAAUUAUAUUUUUACCUGCUGUGGAGGCAGGCAGGAAUAUUAUGUGAAUGUCAGUCUAUAGAGUUACAGAGGGUCAGAGUCUAAGUUGGAUUGAGAAUUGUAAAGUAAACGGUAAAGGCAGAUCAGUGGGUUCUGUUUUUCAGUGACAGAGCAAGCAAGAUGUGUGAACCAGAGGUUUCAGCCUGUUGUUGAAGUGCCAUCUGGAGCAGCAAGGCCUAUAGUAGGUGGAGUUGAAUGUAUUUGGACAGGUUGUAAUGUAGGUUAUCCAGGUGAUCUGCAAAGCCUGACCCCUGAAUGAUGUUCUGAAUCCAAGUUUGAGGCAGAUCUUAACCUUUUCCUAAUGCUUACAAAAAGCAGACGUAAUAAAGCUGGAUAGAGGAGCAAGUAAAAUGUUUGAUAUUAUUUCCAAUAGAAAGUUGAGCUGCUAUCCUAAAGCCUGAACAUAUCCUCCCUUGUGACAUCUUCAAAAAUCUGGUUUGCCUGAAUUGGGGAUGGAUAUGUCAUCACUGUGGUCCACCACUGUGCCACCAAUUAAUUCUGUGACUUCUUAAAACGGCAUGAGAAACACCACAGCUAUAAGGAUUGUUGAACCUGAGAGGGACCAGUCCGUACAGUAGCACAUUUUAUUUUUCCAUAAUCAUCUAUAAGAAAAAUUAUCAUUGUUGCUUUUGUUUAAAAUGUGACUCCUGUUUUUGUGUUCUUUGUCUUUGCUUAUUUUUAUUUUCCAUUUUGGGGAAGUUGUUUUUAAUGUUGAAGCCCAGUGUUGGGUCCAAACCUGUUAGUAUGAUCAGGUGGAAAAUAGUGUUGACGAGUCAAAACGUAGCAUAUUGUGGAUUUAAUACAGCGGCCGUCUUCACAAGCCUCUGUCUGCCCUGGUGAAAUAAUAGUUUUGUUUGUGAUUGCAUCUUUGCAAAUGUAACCAAGUCUUCACUGCAACUUUUUAGUGUAUUAUGGUAUUAUUUGAGGUAUAUUAAAGAAAGGGAAUUUUAAGUUAUUCCUUGUAAACGUAACUGAGCAAAGCCCAAUGUUUAGCAUUUCUUUCAAUUUUAUAGGGCUUGUUUUAGUGAUCAGUCACUAAAACUGUAAAGUCAACCAAACAAUGUCUUUGCAAUAACAAAAUUAAACUUUCAAAUAACGUUAUCAGCAAGAGCAUGUGUCUAGUCAAGGGAGCACAUCAACUUUAUAGCAAAAAAAACCCCCUUGAUAUAGUUAAAGGUGCAAUGGGAAACUCCUCUUGUGUAUUUGAGCACAUACAUGUCAGUGAUUUAAUAUUCAGUAUUGAAUGUAUGAUGAUAAUAGUUACAUUCUCUCAGUGAUAUCCAAAUCAAAAUAUAAGUUUUGAUUCAGAGCUUUGGGUGUAUUUUAACUACAAUGUGUUUUAAGUUGUUUUUCUUAAGUCCUUGCAAAUGAUUUUAUUUUUUUGGACCCACAGUGCCUUUUGGGGGAAAAUCCUUUGUAUAUUAUUAUAAUUAUAGUUAUUUUGUUUUUAUUUCCUCAUUCUGUAUGUCUUCAAAUGAUAAAUGUAAAACUCAUGAGAGAAUGAAUUAUAUUUGCCUUCAAAUAUAUGAUACUAAAUACUCACCCUCCCCUGAGUGCUAAUGCUAGCUGUCACAUUAGCUUGUUUAGCCUACCAAAGACUGCUCUAGGCCACUACAUUAAACCUGAUUUUGGGGCAGUACUUUAAAUCUUGACCAAAACAUUAGUUUAGGUAAUUUUUAGGAACCUUGCAUUGUUAGUCAGCUCCUGUUGGCAAUAAAACCCGGUUUAUCCAAAGCAAUCAGCAUUUUGAGUAUCAGAUGUUGUGUUCAGCAGCCUGACCACAGAUUACUUUGCUGUGAUGUCAACCAGCCGAGCUCAACAGGAGAUGUGUCAGAGUAAUGAGUCGAUCUUGAGAGAAGCUGUGAUUUUGGGUAAAGGAGUUCUGGUGCACCUCAAAGGCCUCCAGCUGCACAAUAUUCCCACCCUUUUAAAGUUCCUUCUGUAAAAAUGCCUGUUAAAUUCCUGUGAGUUUUAUAUUAUUAUUUGAAGACUAGAGCCAGGUAUAUUUUCUAACUUGGUCAAAAGAAGUGUAUGCUAUUUGAAAAAGUAUAUAUUCCCUAAUAAUUUGUUUUGUAAUAUGCAUGUAAAUGCAUAUCCUGAAAUAAUAAAAUUCUCAAUCAAG